AUGGCUUCAAAGUCUUCCGCAGUCGGUCCAAAGGCCUUGGUUGUAUCAGCCCUCACUAUAGGUCUCGGUGUUUUUCUCGCCCGCCCCGUUACUCGUGUCACGACCGUUCUCGGCUUCUUCCGCACUCCAUCGUCCACUAUCGUCUCGGAUGCAGAUUUUAUAACCAUUGACGACACAAUUGUCUGCGAGGACGUGCAUCUUCACUCUGGGCUGCUCUACACAGCGUGUGAAGACUCGUACGCGCCGCGGUUCUCGUGGUUCCCUGGUCUGGGCGUUCUGCACGAUCCCCUCACGGCUAGCAAGUCGCGUGGGUCUAUCCACGUCAUAGACCCCAAGACGUUCAAGUCGAAAAGACUGGAGUUUGAGGGUUUUCAGGGACCGUUUAUCACGCAUGGUAUUGAUGUUAUUGAUGAUCCUAAGGAUAAGAAUGGAGUUUAUAUUUUUGCCGUGAAUCAUCUCCCCAAUCCCGAGUAUCUUCAGCAUAUUGUUGAUGGGAAGAAGGAGGCGUUUGGCGGAAACAAGGCUGCUUCUCAGAUUGAGAUCUUCCAUCAUCGCGUUGGGUCUUCUUCGGUCAAGUAUGUUCGAUCCAUCAGCCAUCCUUUGAUCCAGACUCCAAACGACAUUGUUGCUCUGUCCCCGACAAGCUUUUAUGUCACGAACGAUCACCAAUAUCGUGAGGGUCUUAUGCGACAGGUUGAGGAUAUGUACUAUGGUGCGAAAUGGUCAAACACGAUUUAUGUCGAAAUCACCGAUACUGCCUCCAAGGACUCAACAGCCGGGUUCAGUGCUUCCGUCGCUCUGACAGGCCUCCAUAACAACAACGGCCUCGGCCACGGGAAAACUCCCAACGAAAUCGCCAUUGGCAGUGCAGCCAGCGGAGACGUCCAUAUAUCCACCGUCAGGCCAGACCAUACCAUCCAAGUCCUAGAAACUAUCCCAUUCGACACGGCCGUCGACAACCCCUUCUACUACAGCGAUAAGUUUGCUAGUGGAGAUAACGACAGCAGUGGCUAUGUCUCGGCUGGUCUUUCAAAGGCCUGUGAGCUUGCAAACAGCAUUGGCAUCGACACUGCCACUGAACCAGUAACGGUAUGGCUUGCUCAGCGAAAGAAUGGAAAGUGGGAGAACAAGAUCCUGUUUGAAGAUGAUGGAAAGAGACUGAGAUCUGCGGCCACAGCUGUGUUGAUUGGAAUUGAUCCAAAGCUUGAGGGGGGUAAGAAGAAGGGUUGGUUGUUUGUCACUGGGUUUUAUUCACAGCAUAUUGCUGCUGUCAAGGUCGAUCUAUGA